GUCAAGUGUUGGAUCGUCGACUUUCCUGGAGUUUUACAGUUGGGUUCGAUAAAGAAUAAAAGAUAAAACGUUCAGGCCAACAGUAUUAAGAUAAAAAGCGCCGAACUCCGAUACCGUAUCACUGCAACAACAACUCGGGGCAUGGAUGACGACGGGACUACCAGAGGAGUGAUAAGGCCGGCCCCCGCUCAUAUCAGAACCAUUACGACGUCGGGUCAUAUCACAACAGUUCCAAAUGUGGUCGACGGUCAGACUCAAAACGAGAGCACAGCCGCAGAUACUAUGGCACAACUCAAAGUACAACAACAGCGACAAAUCGAAUAUAGACAUGAAGGGAAUUGCACUCCGGAAAAUACGGAAUGUGUUUCGUCAGAAGUUCUUCUUAAUGAAUACACAGAUAAUGGCACCCCGGCAACUCGUUCACCGGUAGAUCCAGUAUCCUCACCAAAAGAUUUUCAGAAAGACCCCAGUCCGCCAACGGAAGGUAUUCGGCUCAGAAGGAACGUGGGCGGCGCCGAAGUACAGUUACAGUUACCAGUAGAAAAGAUAUCGACGUUCCAAGGGUACAUGUCGGACUAUUCGAAUCACCAACGACACCAACGGGUCAGGUACUUAGAGUACAGGGACCAAUCUCAACAUGAUGAGGGCAGAUUCGAUCAGCCAUCGCAACUACUCAAGUACGACCAUCAUCAACAAGGUAAAGUGGAUCCAAAUUCGAGCUAUGUUACCUUGGAGUCGGUCAACGAUGUUUAUCAACAACAACAGCAGCAGCAGCAGCAGCAACAAACAUACCAACAACAUAGUUAUCAGACAUAUCAGACGUACGACGGAGAACAACAGCAAGACAUGUUUAAUAUGACUUACGAAAAAGACGGUCACGUUGGUUAUUCACUCAAGAAAAGCUAUCAGCAGCAAACUAUGAUGUUACAACAUCAACAACAACCAGAAUAUCAAGGCGAUGGUAACGGCGGUGAAGCACAGCAGGACUUUUGGUCUCACGAAAAUCAAGUGACUGACUUUACAACAAAUGAGGAGACUUUGGCUGCCGCUAAUGUGUUGCAAAUGGAGAGUUUAGGUCAAACUGAUGGAAACGUUCAAGUGACGCCACACUAUACCAUAUUUCAAAGUACCAAUCCCGGACCUUCGUGGAUUGACGAACACUAUGACCAAAACGGAAUCCUAAAUGUAGACAUCAAAGAGUGUGUCAAUUGUGCAGCUAACGUUACACCUUUGUGGCGUAGAGAUGGAACUGGCCAUCAUCUGUGCAAUGCGUGCGGCUUAUACAAUAGAAUCAAUGGAGUAAAUCGACCCCCGGUGAGGUCGACUCAGAAAAAAACUACCCAGCAAACUGGAAACAAACGGUCCGGAGUCUCCUGUGCUAAUUGUUCAACAAAUACCACUACACUAUGGAGAAGAAACAACAACGGCGAGCCUGUGUGUAACGCUUGUGGACUAUAUUUUAAAUUGCAUAAUGUUAAUAGGCCGUUGACGAUGAAAAAAGACGGGAUACAGCAGCGCAAAAGGAAACCGAAGAACCCAACAGUCGGUUUCGCCCAAAAUUCGUCAUCCAAGGAGAAACCACAAGGUGAAGUUGCCUCAAAACUUUUACUUCCUCAUUUAUUUACUGGAUCGUCUGACGGAAAAAUUCAACACAGUCAACUUAAUUAUGAAACAGUUGUUAUGGCAACACAAGAUCAUUAUAUACCUCAUGGUUCUCAGUUACACAUAGUACCUCUUCCGUCAACAUCAAAUAAUCAUGUUCGACAUAUGUCAAGUAACGAACAACCUAUUGAUCACAUGGGAUCUAGAGAUAUGUUGAGUAGUGUAAUCACAUCGACAGGAAAUCAUAACGUUCGAAAUGAUUAGAUAAUGAACUAUAUAAUCAAUAUAUUAUUACUUACUUUCCUUUUGUUUUUAUGCAAAAUGUAUUUUAUAAAACGUUAGAUCAAAAUAUAUUUAAUACAAAUGUUCAAUUAAAUUUAAGUUUACCAUAAUUUUUAAACUAAUUAGAUUAUUAGUGAUAUCGUUAAGAAUUUGUUUAAAUAUUUUUUAAAGUAUUCCCAAUCUUGUACAUAUUGUUUUCUUAUUUUAUCACUAGAUAAUUUUUCUUUUUAUAAUUCAUAAAACGUAAUUCAUUAUUUGUAUAUAAAUUAUUAUAUUUGAAAAAAA